CAGGCACUCUCUUUUUUUAUUCUGGUAAAUGUGCUGUUGCUCUUUCUAUUAACUACAAAAAAAUAAAGGUUAUGCAACCUUAACUCUUAUUGGUUUAAUCGCCCAUUUGAAUCACACAAGAUUUAAAGGACUUACCCCACACACACACAUAUUACACGGGCAGCAAAAAAAAAAGGUACAUUUCCUCCAUCUUUUCAUUCAAAUGCCAGAAUGCAGCAGCAAAGGUCCGGCAUGAAUGGCUAUUAUAAGCUAGCUAUUUUAUGUACUGUCACUACUUUAUUUAUUGUAUUUACAUAUAAGCUUGGCAUUGUCAAUGUUCAAACGCUCAUGCCGACAACAGACAACUCAGCCAUCACCAACUUCAUCACGAGUAUGCCUCUUACUACUGAUACCGAUACUUCACAAGCUCUAAUCGACACGACGGCGGAUACUGCGGAUCUACGUUUCAAUACAGUAAACACAACUAUUACAGAAGAAGAAUGCAACUGUGACGUCGAUGGGAGCACUGCUGCUAAAUUCAUUCGAUAUGGCGAGAAUACGCCACUCUUUGUACCUGAGAGUCUACCUCCAAUGGAACAAGAUAUCCUUGACAAAGUCAACACCAACAAAGUAGAUGGUACUCUAUUGAUGACAAUAGCAGCAAGAUCUGAAUCCGAUAACGAUCGAUAUGAUGUUUAUAACUGGAUCAGAUUAUCAGAAGCAGCCAAAGAAGAUAAAUUUCUAGUGUUUGUACUCGACGAAGCGCUCUAUCUACAUAUGGUUGUAUCUGGAUACGAAGAUAGAGCGGUGCUUGUUCCUAGUCAAUGGUAUAUUCAUAGUCUACCGUCGUCUUCAGCUUCCUCUCUUGUCCGUUUGGAAAAGGUCAAAUCUUGGAUUUUGCAGCGAAUGAUGUACACUGACGUCAAUGUGCUGUAUUUGGAUGUGCAUGCGCUUUUGCUUCGACAACGUACAAGAGAGUACAUGCAGACACUGAUCGACAUACGAGGCGAUACGAAAAUGAUUGCUACCGUCGCCAUCGAUAAGCAGCAGCAGCAGCAGCAGCAGCAGCAGCAGCAGCAUGGUAAUUUCCUUAGUACAGACGUGAUGUUGUUCAAGCGCAAUGUAAAGUCUCUAAAGCGUUUGAUAGCCAACGUCAUUCAAAUCCUGAAUCAUCGCCCUCACUUGACAGAACAACAAGCUUUCAAUGAGGCAUUGGAACAACAGGAUUUACAUUUGAAGACUGGCAUGCUGCUACUCUUGGAUAGAUUGCACUUCCCAACUGGUGAAGAUUACUUUGAGAAGAAUCUAUCAGAGUCAAAUGGCGUUCAACCAUAUAUUGUACAAGCUGACCCCAAGAUUGCUGAUGAUGCACAAAGAGAUUUGCUAAAAAAGCAUAAUCUUUGGAAAGUCGAUGAAGGUUCUAUUGAUGGCGUCACGCGUCAAGUCCACGAUAUGCUCAAGAGAAAAUAUAGUAACCCAGAAGACAAACAGAUCACUUCGACAAAAAAUGAUUCCUGAUAAAAUAGCCUUGUAAAAAAUUGAUAGUUUCGCUUAUUGACAUACAGUAAUACAAUGAUGCUUUCCUUGAAUAAAAGAAAGAAGCUUCUACAUCAUCUUGCUCUGAAAAUAAGUAUGACGUCUGGUGUGCCUCUCUCUUUCCUUGUUUUUGUUGAUUGAUUGAAAAAAUAACGAAAAAAAGUGAUACAGUGUAAAAUGAAAUCAGAAGCAUAAACACGCUCUUGUCGGAAAACGAAG